ACGAGUGUCUCUCUAAUUUGCAUUUUUCCCUUAAGACCGUUCAACCCGUCUGACUUGACAGGCCUGCCCCUUUGGAAAAGCUCGGAAUUCAUUGGCAGAUGCUGAGAAACCCUUGAUUUUGAUCCAAACUUAGAAAAGCUCUGACCUUUUUCCGCCAUGGGAAUCGGUUCGAAACCUUCAAAGUUUCUUCUUUUAUCCAUCGCUGUUACAGUCGUGUUCUUCUGCUGCCUAGUUAUGGCGGCAGAUGAAGACGAUGUCAGAUGCUUACAGGGCGUGAAGAACUCUCUGUCGGAUCCUCAGGGCGCGCUGAAAUUAUGGAACUUUGCCAACUCUACCGUCGGUUUUCUCUGCAAUUUCGUCGGUGUGUCUUGUUGGAACAAUCAGGAGAACAGGGUCAUCAAUCUUGAGCUUAGGGACAUGGGUUUGUCUGGUCGAAUACCAGAGUCGCUCCAGUUCUGCGGUAGCUUGCAGAAACUUGAUCUCUCUGGGAAUCGUUUGUCUGGUAACAUCCCUUCCCAGUUUUGUGACUGGUUACCCUUUCUGGUGUCUCUCGAUUUAUCCAGCAACGAUCUCGGCGGUGAACUUCCUCCUGAGUUAGCUAAGUGUAGUUUCUUGAAUUCCUUGGUUUUGUCAAGUAAUCGUCUUUCGGGUCAAAUUCCGGUACAGUUCUCUGCUUUGGGUAGGUUAGGCAAGUUCUCUGUGUCAAACAAUGAUCUUACAGGUCGCAUUCCUGGGUUCUUCAAUUCACCGAAUUAUACUGCUGAUGAUUUUGCUGGAAAUAAGGGGCUUUGCGGUCGUCCUCUUCAUUCUGGUUGUGGAGGGCUGAGCAAAAAGAAUCUUGCAAUCAUAAUUGCAGCUGGAGUGUUUGGUGCUGCUGCAUCAAUGUUGUUAGCUUUUGGAGUUUGGUGGUAUUACCAUUUGAAGUGGACAAGAAGGCGGCGGAAUGGGUAUUCAUCCGGGAGAGGAGAUGGUAGUGAUUGGGCGCAAAAACUGCGUGGCCACAAGGUUGCUCAAGUUUCUUUGUUCCAGAAGCCUCUGGUUAAGGUCAGACUGGGUGAUCUGAUGGCUGCAACGAAUAAUUUCAGCUCGGAAAACAUAAUUGUUUCCACUAGAACAGGCACAACAUAUAAGGCAGUUCUGCCAGAUGGGUCAGCCCUUGCAGUCAAGCGUUUGAGCACUUGUAAGCUCGAGGAAAAGCAGUUCCGUUAUGAGAUGAACAAAUUGGGUGAACUUCGCCACCCGAACUUAACACCCCUUCUAGGGUUUUGUCUGGUUGAAGAUGAGAAGCUUCUUGUUUACAAGUACAUGUCGAAUGGGACAUUGCACUCAUUGCUGCAUUCGGUCGGGGCCGAACUGGAUUGGCCAACAAGGUUCAGGAUCGGUUUAGGCGCUGCCAGGGGCCUGGCUUGGCUUCACCAUGGAUGCCGGCCUCCUAUACUUCACCAAAAUAUUUGUUCCAGUGUGAUUCUCAUUGAUGAGGAUUACGACGCCAGAUUUAUAGAUUCUGGACUUGCAAGGCUAAUGGCUCCAACAGAUACCAACGAGAGCAGCUUCAUGACCGGGGAUUUAGGAGAAUUCGGGUAUGUGGCUCCUGAAUAUUCUAGCACGAUGCUUGCAUCACUGAAAGGCGAUGUCUACGGACUGGGAGUAGUCCUCCUAGAGUUGGUGACAGGGCAGAAAGCUCUAGGGGCUGGCUCUCUUGACGAAGGGUUCAAAGGAAAUUUGGUUGAUUGGGUAAACCAGCUUGAUAGUUCGGGCAAAAUCUCAGAUGCCAUUGACAAAAACAUAAGUGGGACGGGUCACGAUGAGGAGAUCUUAAAGUUUGUUAGGAUUGCAUGCAACUGUGUGGCUGCAAGGCCUAAAGAGAGAUGGUCUAUGGUUCAGGCAUACCAGUCCCUGAAAGCUAUUGCCGAGAAAAUCGGGUUUUCAUUCUCAGAGCAAGACGAUGACUUCCCCUUGAUUUUUGGCAUUCCAGAGAAUGAGACAAUGUAAGCAUUUGGAGCCUUAGAUUGAGAGGCUAAAGAACACAUCAAUGUCGAACUUGUCUUCAUCCGUCUAGGUUCCCUACUUACCGGGUUCUUGCAAAUCUCCGUUAUUGUAAUGUAAAACAUGUUGUUGCCAGUUUAAUGUUGUCAUGUUAAGUAGAUGCAUGUGCCAUAAAGCUUCAGAUGCUCUGUAGAGGUGAUUACUAUAUGUAAAAAGACACUGUAUAUGUUCUUCUGGGUUGGUUUCCCUUGUGCUUGCCAAGCUUAAGAUUUGUUCUGUUGCUUUUUAUGGUGAA